AAUAUUUAAUUCGUGAUAUUAUUGAUGCACAGAUAAUGGACCCGCCCGGACCCCCAGGACCUGCUGGUAUUCCUGGACUGCAGGGCCCACCCGGAAUCAAGGGUGACAGAGGACACGAUGGCACCAAAAGGCGAUCCUGGAGAAAAGGGUGCCAAAGGGGAUCCUGGUCCGAUGGGACUGCCCGACGCCCGUACGUAUUUUCUCUCCAGAUUACACGCAGCAUGCACUCAAACACACGCACACAUGUGUAGCCUUAAGCGCGCUCUAAAAAGAAAUGCGGAUACAGGACGCACAAAGGCAGAUAGAACGCAGACGGGACCCCCCGAACGUUCUCGGAAAAAAAAACUGUCCUGUGUCCUUUGGUUUUUCUGCAAAAAAAUCUGCAAGAUAUAUUGAUGAAGGGGAAAAAGGGAGAAAGAAACAGAAGGGAAUAAAAAUUAAGACUCCCGAUCAGACUACCCUUUUGCGGUAGAAGUUAAAGUAUAAAUAUAAAAACAAAAUUCAUAUCGAGGUACAGGUAUCGCGUUAAAAAUUUUUCCUGAUUACUCGUUGCUGGCGUCAGGAUAGCUUCAUCAGGAACAUCGAUAACGUCUCUCAUCAUCCAACACUGCUCGAUCAGGACGCGAACGUUGAUAAAAACGUUGAUUGACAAUUAAAUUCGCUAAAAGCGGCUUCUCGCGCAGAGUACAGCUGGAUGCGUUCUAAAUCAUCAUCGCUUGCAUAAAGCUUGCAUAAAGAAGCAGCAGCAGUCGAGGCGUGGCAGCGAAAGAGGGAGAACGGUGGACAAGUGUAUUUUGGCUCCCUUUUAUAUUCGGCAAGCACCUUUUACGAGAAUCGUGGGAAAUGUCGGUGAUAUCGCGCGUGAGCAUCGGUCGCGAGAAAAUUUCAUGUUCGCCGAACAGUAGUAAAACCGUUUAGUACAGUAAAAUUAGACAUAAAAAAGGAGUUAUCUCGGAAAGUGAAGCGUAAUUCACACACGGCCUUGUGUGUGAAUACGGACA